AUGGUCCAAGACACGUCGCGCCGGCGGCUUGAUGCUGUGACCCGGCACUUCCACGCUAGCUUGCAAUAUCCGGCGAAAUCUCUCUCAGCCGCUAAUGAACUUGGCACGUUCCGCCUUGGUCCACACGUCGCCAUUCCCGUGCAUGCCGCGGAUGCACCUGAACGCAUUCCCCCGGAAAGACUCCUCCUUGAUUUAGAGGACCCAAUCGUGCUCGAACACUUAGAGUUUCUUGGAAAAAAAUGGCAGCUGCGCCAGGAUGUGUUUCUAUCCUCACCGCCUGGCCCCUACACACGCCGAUUGUGUCAGACCUUCGCUGCACUCAUCCAAGUGCCUGUCGAAUACGUGUCGCUGCACCGCGAUAUAGGUGAGGCCGAGCUGCUCCAGCAGCGCUCUCUCGAAGCGGGCGGCAAUCUGCGCUACGAUGAUGGCCCUGUCGUUCGAGCUAUGAAACAUGGUCGCAUCCUGAUUCUCGACGGCAUUGAGCGUGCAGAGCGUGGAGUCAUGCCGAUUCUCAACAAUAUUCUCGAGAAUCGUGAGCAGAAUCUGGCGGAUGGCACGCAGCUGGUACCGGCUGAACGACUCACUGCUGCUAAUCAUCAGCUUCAACAGGAUAGUGGUAACGCGCAUGCUCGCUUUAUUCCCGUGCAUCCAGACUUUCGUGUGUUCUGUUUGGGUCUGCCUGUGCCUCCGUAUCGUGGACAUCCCCUUGAUCCCCCAUUCCGCUCGCGGUUUCAAGCACGUUGGGUCGAGGGAGCCGUUUUCGCACCACCACCUAUCUCUGAUUCUACAAAACAGGGCUCCUCCCUACUCGAGCGCUGGAAUGAAUGGCUUACUCUCCUUCACAUGAAUGCGGAAGCUAGUCUUCAAGAGGGCAUUUUGCCAUCAACAGAGCUGCUUCCUCACGUUCCGACCACGGCGAUGCCUCUGCUGCGAGAUAUGGCCUGUUUGUACCCACCAUCCAAGAAUAUGCCCAAGCCCGCUGGACCAGCAGACGCUGAUACACCUGUCGCAGAAUCAACCCUAGCCUUGCUCAGCACGGCGUAUCCUGCGCUUUUGUCGUUUGACAAAAAGAAACGCUCUUCUCUUCACGAAAUGCUCACGCGCGUUGCACUACACAAAGGCGUCGGUACCUCACACAUGUUCUCGUCAGGACUGGGGUUAUCUGGCUACACAAUCCAUCAUAAUGAACGCACGUCUCCGAGCACGGCGCGCUUAACGUUCCGCCAUGAGAGUGCUGCAUCUGUGACAACAGAGGUCCCAUGUGGUCCCCUCCCCCUCGUGCCACUAACGGCGCUUGAGGAGAUGCAUGUUUCUCUAACGCCCCGAGUGCGCUCGCUCCUGUCAGCGAUGUUGCAGCUGCAUAGCAUCGGCCGUGAUAUUGCUCUGGUACCAAGCUCUCUCGAUAAUGAGUUACAUACGCAAGCAUCUUCGUCUAAAUCGACCUGCAUUCAUUUGUUCGGUGCCUUACUGGGAUACCCUGUGGAGACGAUAUGGCUCUGGAAAGACAUUAGUGGAACAGAGCUAUUGAUGCGACGUGCAACUACACCUGAUGGCGCAACUGUCUGGCAUCCAGCGCCGCUGACGUCUGCAGCACUCCGUGGCUCGCUUGUGCAUCUUGCAGGCGCUGACGUACUGGGCUCUACGCUCGAAAGCCUUUCCCGCCUGACGCAGGACCGAGAGAUGGAGCUGUGGGAAGGCACGCGUCUCACAACAGAGGCGGACGUACCAGUGUCGAGCCAGUUGGUCAGUGGCCAAGUGUGCCACAUGUCGCCAAGCCUGCGCAUCAUUGCGACGGCCCCGAAAGUGGGAAAUUGGCUCACAGAAAGCGCAGCUACUAUGUUUGCCACGCUCGCUGCGCCACCCAUGUCGGAUGCCGAAGAACGUGCGGUUGUAAUGAAGCAAGCAGGUGCAGCCCCUAGUGCCAGUCUGGAUGCACUCUUUGCAUUCGUGCAUGAAUACCGCGCGCAGGCAACAGACACAAACGUGGGACUUCACAAGGCGCGCCGCUUUGGUACACGACAGCUUAUUCGAAUUGCUCGGCGACUUUCCAAGUGGCCUGAUGAGGACCUGUACAACUUGAUUUUCCGGAACCAGUUGUGUGACUUCCUACCGCGAACUGUGCGUGAUGUCGUGCAUCAAACGCUUUUGCAAGCGAAGAUUGUACCGCAUGGCUUUGAAGGCGCAUUCCAGUAUAAGCCACCGCUGCGCCUAAUGCCGCCAAUCGUCGAUGGUGACAUGCUGCGAUUCGUCGACGAAAAUGGGACAGAGCAACUGGCUCUGCGCAGGUUCCACUGGCGGGAGCAUGAUCCCGAAGGCGCGUCGUUGAUUCCGAACGCACACGGCUCCUUCUUCCACAACACGCAGCAGACAGGUCUGAUGUACUCAUUUGCGCAGGAUCUUGAAAUUCUUGGCGAGCACCUCCUGUUGAUGGGAGCGCAGGGGACAGGCAAGAAUAAAACGAUCGACCAGGUACUUGAGCUUCUUGAUCGGCCGCGCGAAUACAUUCAAAUGAACCGCGAUUCAACAGUGGGUGAGCUGCUGCAGCGUGCGUACUUAGAGGAUGGCCAGCUCAAAUACUCGGACUCACCACUCGUGCGUGCAAUUAAGCUGGGCCGAGUGAUUGUGGUUGACGAAGUCGACAAGUGUUCGGCGUCUGUGUCGGCCGUAUUCAAGUCGCUUGCUGAGCGCGGUGAAUUGACGCUUCCAGAUGGUCGUCGGGUCGUGCCACAGGGCACCGUCGCUGAUGCAGAUGCUAUCACUGUGCACCCUGACUUCCGUCUUGUUCUCCUGGCGAAUCGACCUGGGUGGCCGUUCCUGGGUAAUACGUUCACGGACGUUGUCGGAGAAGGCUUCAGCUCGUAUGCUGUUUCCAAUCCAGAUGUCGAGUCCGAGGUGCAGCUGCUUGGCCGAAUGGCUCCCAAUGUUGAUAAGGAGUUAAUUCGCUCGCUUGUGUUGUCAUUCCACGAUUUGCGCGAGGCAUUUGAUCAGGACCAGAUAAGCCACCCAUACUCAUUACGUGAGCUGAUUCAUAUUGUCCGCCACUUGAGUCGCUAUGACGAUGAGACACUCGGCGAUGUCAUGCUGAAUGCACUUGCCUUUGACUUGCACAAGCCCGAGUCGCUCAAAAUCAUCGCGCGUGUGUUUGCGAACCAUGGGCUGAAACUCGGUGGUAUCACACUUGAGCAGGUACAGAGGAAGCUCGAAGUGCAGGCGAAAAAGAAGCAGCUGCGCGUCGAGUACAGGCCUAAGGGUGAUACGAGUCUCGACAAGCCUAAGAAGGGCAAGGACGACCCGAACAAUGACCCGCAUGUCGGCGGCAACACAUGGCGUGGGGGCACGGGCGGCCGUGACACUGCGGGACUCGGCGGACGUGGCGGCUUUGAGCGGCUGUACAAGGGCCAUAAAAUUCACCAAAUCCCCAAGGAGCUGAAAGAGGAUGUGCCCGAGCACAUUCAGGCUGAGGCGCGCGAAAUGGCAAAGAAAGCACUUGCUGAGAAAUUGGCUGAAGACCGCCUAGACCGUGACGAGGCUCGGUUCAUGCAGUCGGUCAAGGCCAAUGUCGAAGGUCAGGUCUUGCAUCUGGCAAACGUGCUGAAUGGACUUACGGCCAACGAGCACGAGCGCCGGUGGCUUGUUCGCCAGCAAGAAGGCCAGCUCGACGAGCGUCGCCUCGGUGAGGGCCUGGUUGGUGAGCGCGCCAUCUUCAAACGUCGUAGUGAAGCCCCUCCUGAAAUUGGCGCACCACAGAUGAAGCCGAAGCGCAUCCGCAUUAUCUUGGAUGCUUCAGCGUCGAUGUAUCACAUGCAAUUUGACGGUCGUCUCACACGCGAGCUCGAGACAUGCCUAAUGGUGAUGGAAGCCAUGCAGCGUGUUGACCCUACGCGUUUUGAGUUCGACAUCGUUGCCCACUCCGGUGAUCAGGUGGUCAUCCCGCUAGUCAAGUUGGGAUCGAUGCCUAAAACUGAUGGAGAUCGCUUCCGGAUUCUGCGUGAUAUCGUCGCCUACACACAGUACUGCAUGACUGGCGACAACACGGUCGAGUGCAUCACACAGUCAAUCAAGGAUGUUCGGUCGCAAGAUGCUGAUGAUUACUUUGUUAUUGCACUAUCGGAUGCGAAUCUGGGCCGCUAUGCCAUCACGCCCCAGGUUCUCGGUUCCGCAUUGAAACGAGAUGAGAAAGUUAAGGCGGCGGUCAUCUUUAUUGACAAGGGCGGCGCCGAAGCAGGCCAUAUCGCCAAGGCCUUGCCAGGCCGCGCUUUUGUCGCAGAAGACACGAAAGAUAUUCCACGUGUUUUAUCUGAUAUUCUUACUUCGUUGAUGCGCUAG